AUGUGGGAGGAGGAUAGAAGCAUGUGGGAGGAGGAUAGAAGCAUGUGGGAGGAGGAUAGAAGCAUGUGGGAGGAGGAGGAUAGAAGCAUGUGGGAGGAGGAUAGAAGCAUGUGGGAGGAGGAUAGAAGCAUGUGGGAGGAGGAUAGAAGCAUGUGGGAGGAGGAUAGAAGCAUGUGGGAGGAGGAUAGAAGCAUGUGGGAGGAGGAUAGAAGCAUGUGGGAGGAGGAUAGAAGCAUGUGGGAGGAGGAUAGAAGCAUGUGGGAGGAGGAUAGAAGCAUGUGGGAGGAGGAUAGAAGCAUGUGGGAGGAGGAUAGAAGCAUGUGGGAGGAGGAUAGAAGCAUGUGGGAGGAGGAUAGAAGCAUGUGGGAGGAGGAUAGAAGCAUGCUCAACCAUCUUCAUCCUCCUCUGCCCUUACCUCUCUUCCUCCUCUGCCCCUUCCUCUCCUCCUUCGCCCUUUCCUAUCGGCCCUCCUCUCCCGUCCACUCCUGCUGCGCGGCCGUGCGUGCGUCAGCUCGUGUCAUACGGCCAGCUUGCCACGGCUCUCAAGGAGGCGGCCGGAUCCACGGAUCAGGUGAGCUCACGCAUGCCAUGGCCGCCCGGGUCAUGGAUCAGGUGAGCCCACGCAUCGCAUGGCUGGGUCAUGGGUCAGAGCAGAAGAAGCGGCAGCAGCUGGUGGCGCUUGUGUUCCCCAAGCUCGCUGUGUACAACUCCGUGGACCCCUCUCUCGCCACGGCUCUGCUGCUCGUCAGUGCCCACGCUGCUGCUGCUCCCACAGCCCGACCACCACCAUCUUUUGCCCCUGCUGCGUUGCAUGCUCUGAAUCUCCAGUCGUUCACCUCUCAUCUGCUGCAAGGGUCGUCGGACGUGGUGGUGCUGCGCUACUGCUACUACUUCCUCGCUCGCAUCCUCACUGAGAGCGCCGCUGCUGGCAGCUACAACGAGGGCGGCGGCGUGCCCACCCCCAACUGGGACACCUUGGCUGACGUCUCUGCCGGUGCCCAAACCCUCUCUCUCUCCCUCUCCUUCCUUCCUCAUGCCACCCGCGCCUGCAAUCUGGCAAGCAAGCCUGCUACUCUCACACUUCUCCUCAUGACGCCUGUUGUGCUCUCCCUCAACUUCAAUCAGUACCUGCACUGCACUGCCACUGUUCUGCGCUGCUUGCAUGUCGUGCUGCUGGCAUGGUGCAUGGCAGAUGGGUCACAAGCUGCCACACGGGCGGAGCUGCUCUCUCUCAUACUCUCUCGUCUCGCCACUGAAGCAUCCACUCCUGAUGUCGCUGGUAUUCGCCUCACUUACUCUGCUACUCACCAUUGUAUCAUAAUCUGCUUUGCCACCACCCUCUCAUUUUCACGUACACCCUGCCAGCCCACCCUCUCUUCCACAACAUACCCCUGCCUUUCCCUGUCCCGCCUUGCCCUGCCUGCCGUCCCUGUCCCGCGCGCGGCCCUUCCCCUGGCAGCGCAUGCGCGGCGCAUGGCGGCACUGAAGGCGCUGGCGUGUGCGCCCAUGGCCCACCAGGACGCCUAUGCUGCCCUCGUCCGCAUCAUUCUCGCCAUCCUUGACUCGGUGCGACCCCGCUCUCACUCCGAUUAUAGGGCCUUUCUCAUCUCUCUUGUUCUGGAAUCGACGGGCUUGCUACUGCACUACGCUGUUACCCUUGCACCUUGUUUCGCUCGCUCAUUUACCAUCACACAUUACAACCCGAGUGCUAUUAAGCUCUCUUGCUCUGCAGAGGGGCUCUCCUUGAGUCUCAUCUCCUGCACCUCCUUCCCCCGCACCGCACCUCCUUCCCCCGCACCGCACCUCCUUCCCCCGCACCGCACCUCCUUCCCCCGCACCGCACCUCCUUCCCCCGCACCGCACCUCCUUCCCCCGCACCGCACCUCCUUCCCCCGCACCGCACCUCCUUCCCCCGCACCGCACCUCCUUCCCCCGCACCGCACCUCCUUCCCCCGCACCGCACCUCCUUCCCCCGCACCGCACCUCCUUCCCCCGCACUGCACCUCCUUCCACCGCACUCCACCCCCUUCCCCCCGCACUGCACCCCCUCCCCCCUUACCGCACCCCGUUCCCCUGCACUGCACCGCACUGCACCGCGUGGCAGGUAACGGAGGACCGGAAGAAGCGGCGGCGGUGGAGGGAGCUGCUGCGGCGGGGCGCCAAGGCGAAGGACGCGGCGCUGCGGGGCAACCUCUUUGGCGCCGCGCUCUCCGCGCUGCGCCGCCUGCCACUCGACCCCGCCUCCGACGCCUUCGUCGAGCGCGUCGUGCUGGGGUGAGUGGUUCAGAGUGGUGCUGGGCAAGUGGUGAUGGGGUGAGUGCAAUGGAGGGCAGUGCCUCCUGUCCAACUGCUCCUCGCACACUCCUACCCCCUCACACCCCACUUGCUCCUCCUUCUGUCUGCGUGUACGCUGCCGUGCUGUGCGGUGUGUGGCAUGGCAUGCGCUGUGACACGGCCAGCAUAGGGUGUGGGGAUGCAGUGGGGCUGCGCCAUGCGCUCUCCAUGGCGGCCGACAUCGCCCUCGUCAACCCCCUCGCCCUCGCCACCUCCAUCU